AUGACGUCCACCAAUGAGCUCAAGGAGCUGAAGCAGAACAUGUCGCCGAUCGUCGCCUGCUGCUGCUACGAGCUGUCCUGCACUGCCAGCCAGGCCAUGGACCCGCCGCUCAUGGGCACCUUCAAGGCCUGCUGCUGCGCGGGAUCCAUCGCGCUCGAGUGCUGCUGCAUCAGCUGCGAGCCCGACCCCUGCUGGUCCGAGGAGCGCGGCUGCUGCGAGAUCGCGGCCAAGAUGCUCUGCUGCUACACGGAGACGCAGUUCCCCCCCGGCAAGGACAUCGGAUGCGGCUGUUGCGGCGUUGCGUUCUGCCGCUCGAGCGACGACGCGCCUCCGGCCGAGGAGUAA